UGCACGUCAUGUUUUGCUAGACAUUAGCGCCAUCUAGCGAACCGUCAUUUCAAUUGAAGGAAGUGACGUCUCAGACUCCAACCAAUCAACGAUCGCGGCACAUAAUUCGAACGUAAACUUGCGGAUACUCGGAAUGGGACAUAAUGUGAUAAAUUGAUAACAUUGCAGCCUAACUUUAAAGUAUUUUCCUGAAGUGAUAAUUUACUCGCCAAUUAGCUUAGUGAUAUAUACGUGCAAAUCCCGACCCAUGGUGAAAGAACGGGCUCAGAAGAAGUCCUUCCAGCAGAGUCUGGAGGACAUCAAGGAGAGGAUGAAGGAAAAGAGGAACAAACGGCUGGCUAGCGCUACAGCUCCCGGCAGAGGACGGUCCAGAAUGCUAAACAAAAGCAGUGUGGCUAACUCUAGCCAUCAAACCAUCUUGAAGGGCGUCCAGCUGAACAACAAGGUGCUGGCUGUAGCCCUGCAAGCUGAAAAGGAAAAAGUGAGACAGUCCAAUGCAGUGAUCCUGCAGCUGAAAAGGGAGCAACAGGCCCUGUUCCUUCACCUACUUCUGCUCAAGAGGAAGCUCAAAGAGCAGGAAGCUUUGGCGCUGAGUGCUGCAGAGAAUAAACCUGCAAACAUCCUUGUUGAACCCAAACCCUGUGUGGAUUCAGCCAGGAGAAAGCAGACCAGCCAGGACCUUGAUAAGCCCAUUGUGUGCAAAGCCUCACCAAAUUGUGCAGACCCUCAGAGCUCUGAAAGAUCUGCACAAUCUGGCAGGCAGAUUGCUCUGCCAUCUACAGUGGGUGUGAGGCGACGCCAUGCAGAUAGAAGAAGCAGGAGGAGAUCUGAGCGUGUGCAAGAAAAGUUGUCAUUGACUGAGGAGGACCAGAUCGCAGGCUUGGGUACUUUGGUAGCAAGUCCUAUCCAUGGUGACGGUGAAAAUACGGAUCAGCCAGAGCAAGGAGCAGAACCAGAUUUAGUAGACCCUGUUGACAUUGAGGAGUUUCAGCAUUCUACUCCUGAACCUGUCCCACCAAAAAACAACAACAACGACAACCCACAGCGGCCCACCCGGAAAAAGGCCCGGCAGCAGCCCUGCACCAAACCAGAACCUGCUGCACGGAAAGCAGAGAGAGGCCAAAAACCCGACCGUGCCCCGUUAAAGAAACCUUGGGAAAAUUCAAAACCCAGAGCUCGUUCCAAGAGUCGGGACCGGUCAGCCACACGGGCCAAAACAGUACCUCCGGCACAGGGGAAUAAGCUCAACACCUCACUGGGAUUUAAUGAUACGUUUGACUUUGACUGUGAAGGGGCGGUUCACGUCACACCGUUCCGGGCCAAGGCAGAGGACAGUCAGCCAUCUACAUCCAUCAACAAACAGGCUCCCCAAACUACAGCUUCAUCUGCGAUUUCCAAAGAGAGUGAAUCCAGCUCGUCAUCACCAUCUUCUGAAUCGGAGGACAGCCUUUAUGUCCCUCAGAAGGGCAGACGGAGACAGACUUCCCCUGACAAGACCAAAGUGGUCACCACUCGAGGCCGGCCUCCUAAAGUAAUCAAACAGAAAGAAAACAUCCCGCCCGAACAGGAGAUUUCUGAUAAACUUUUAGUCUUUAGAGAUGAAGCGUCAAGUCCUAUGGCUGUAGAGCCUGAAAAGGAAGAAGCGGAUCACUACCCUGACGCAAGUUUCUCUAACAGCCCUGACCCGGCGAUGUUGAGACAGGAAAAUCACCAUGAGCAUCACAGAGGGGGUAUUGAGAAGGAUUGUUUGCUGCCUGUCAGCCCUUUGGUUAAAGUGGAAAUGAUGAGAUUAGACAACGUCCUGUCCAAUUUGGAUUCCUCCGGAGAAGCUCCUCUUCUACCCCAGCAAACAACCCAGAGGGUCAAGACGGGCAAAAAACGUAGGCUUGGUGCAGCAGGGCAGGGCUUGAGUCUGUGUGAUGUGACCAAUCUGUCCCCCGCAGCCUAUCGCAAGUUCUCCUGUGGUGGCUUACGGCCCUCUGAUGCCCGAUGCUCCACCCCUGUUCCUGCUCGCAAGCGGCGCUGCACUAUGGCGGUAGACUACACGGAACCCACGCUUAACGCGAAACUUCGGCGUGGAGACAAAUUCACAGACUUGCAGUUCCUCCGCUCUCCUAUUUUCAAACAGACGUCUGGCCGGAGGUCUGCGCAGAAAUCAAGGAAUUCCAUUAGCAGCAAGCCUCCAUUUGAGAAAUACAAUGAGUCAUUUGUUGGAUGUCGCUGAAGGAAGCUACCUUGAUGAGUGUUGGCUGGCAUCGUCAGUUUAAAGUGAUAAUUUAGUUUUUUACUGUCAAGGAAGUAUUUCUUUGUGUUGAACAGCUGUGAUCAGUUUUGAACGUGAUUUGUCUGACUUCUCUCUUGAAUUCCCGCUCAUUAUCUCUAGCUAUAUGUGUUAAUAGCCAUUUUAUCAAGAUGGCCAGAUUUUCCAAUUCUCUGUAUCAUUAUCUUCAUUUAUGUAUGAGAUCCUGAAUUAGUACUAAUAUUGUCAUCUGAUAAAUUUGUAUGUAUGAUGUGACAAUAAAUGCUAUUUUUAAAUUUUUU